AUGUCUGUUAGGAAUGCCCGAAAAUGUGGAAAUGAUGUUGAUAGAUAUUUAAAUGUUACUCUAUUCAUAUUAACAAGUAGUAAUAAAGCAACCACAUUUUCAAGAUUAUUAAGAGUUAAAUUUGAGAAUACACGUAAAACUGACUAUUGGUCUGUUCCAGACAAUACAAUGAGUAUUUCAAUAGCUGGUAUUCUAAAUACAAUUAAUGAUGAUUGUAAUCAAACAUUAACAUAUACAACAAAUAAUCCAAUAUUUACCUCAAUUGAUAAUCGUUUACCAUUAAUAACACAAUUAAGUUAUAAUAAAUAA